AUGCGUUCCACAAUCAUCGCCGCCUCCCUCUUCGCAGGUGCCGCUUUCGCCCUGCCUUCUCCCCAGGAGACCGAUACCGUCUACGACACCGAGGUCUUCACCAUCACUUCCUGCGGUCCAGAAGUUACCAACUGCCCAGCUCGCGCCACGACCUCUACCUCUGUCCGCGUCUCGACUGUCGCCUCCGCUGUCCCGACAAGCUGGGGUCCUCCCGGCCACGGUGGCCCCGGCGGCUACGGCAGCUGGUCUAGCUCUGCUGCUGCUCCUAGCACUAUCAGCUCGGCUCCAGUCUCCACCAGCACGAUCGUGACAUCCAGCUCCGUCGUUGUCAGCUCCUCAACUUCCGUGGCAUCCGUCUCCUCGCCUGUGGCACCAGUCAGCUCUUCCGCUUCGUGGAGCGCUUCGGUUCCUGCAGCCUACAGCAGCUGGGUCAGCUCUCCUGUAGCACCAGUCAGCUCCGCCCCGGUCGUGCCAUCGUCCCCAGUCGCACCAUACCCAAUGUCAUCCGGUGUCUGGAGCUCCCCAGCCGGCCCAGUCGUGCCAUACCCCACCGGUACUGGCUCGCCAUCUAAGCCAAGCGGAUAUGCCUCCGGCACUGGUGGCAUUUCCUCCAACACCUCUAUCCCAGCUCCCUACACUGGCAGCGCUUCUGGGUUCAAGGUCGCCGGUAGCCUCGUUGGUGUCUGUGCUUUCGCUGCUCUUUUCUUGUAG